AUGAAAAGUUGCUUUCUAAUUUGUACUUUUGUAACUGUAAAUUCAGCUAAUUUAAACGUUCUUACUACUUUCAUUUCAGCUAUUAAUUCAAAAUUAUCAGUAGAUUCGAUGAUUGCUAACAAUUAUGAUAAGCGUGCUAAACAUUCUUGGAAUCAGCCAGAGCCAGAUAGCAAUGUGCCUAAAUUACAUCUUUACAAUAGCUUUACGCGAAAAAAAAAUUUAUUUGUGCCAAUAAAUGCCAAGCGAGUAAAAUGGUAUAUUUGUGGCCCAACAGUUUAUGAUUCUGCUCAUAUGGGUCAUGCUCGUGCUUACCUAUCUUUUGACAUUCUUAGGCGUGUUAUGAAGGAUUAUUUCGGUUAUGAUAUACAGUUUGUAAUGAAUAUCACUGAUAUUGAUGAUAAAAUUAUCAAAAGAGCCAGGCAGAAUCAUCUUUUUGAGAAUUUUAUAUCGCAAGAAAACAAUAUGGACGUUUCCAAAUUUAUCGAAUCAAUUCUUUCUGCUUUAAGUGCUUUUAAAACGAAAAUGGCGGAAGAAAGUGAUCCAGAUAAAUUAAAAAUGUUAAAUGAUAUGGUUUGUAUGGUUUCAUUUUCAUUUUUUGAGAAUAUUGAUGAAAAAAUCACCGAAGCGAGAAAACAAUUAAAAAUUGUAUCUAAAGAUAUCCUUGCUGAUUGGCUUGAUUCUAAAUACGGCGAUAGCAUCACAGAUUUUGCGAUCUUUGAUAAACUUGCGAAAAAAUAUGAAGAUGAAUUCAUGAAUGAUAUGGCACUAUUAAAUGUUCAGCCACCUGAUGUAUUAACAAGAGUGUCAGAAUAUAUUCCUGAAAUUAUUAAGUAUGUGGAGAGGAUCAUUAAUAAUGGAUAUGGAUAUUUAACCAGUGAUGGAUCGGUAUAUUUUGAUACAGUUGCAUUCCAAUCUAAAGAGAAUCAUUCAUAUGCGAAGCUUGUGCCAGAAGCUUUUGGUGAGGGUGAGCAGUUUUUAAAAAAUAUGCGUGAAAGUGAAGGAGAAUUAAGUAUGGGAAAUUUACAGGAUAAACGAAGCCCAACUGACUUUGCUCUCUGGAAAGCUUCGAAAAGCGGAGAACCAUUUUGGGAAAGUCCUUGGGGUAAAGGUCGACCUGGUUGGCAUAUUGAAUGUUCUGUGAUGUCUUGCAGCAUUUGUGGCCCUGAACUCGAUAUUCAUGCCGGUGGCUUUGAUUUAAAAUUCCCUCAUCAUGAUAAUGAAAUUGCUCAAGUUGAAGCGUUUCAUGAUUAUGAUAAAUGGGUCAAUUAUUUUCUUCACUGUGGCACAUUGCGUAUUGCUGGAAUGAAAAUGUCGAAAAGUUUAAAAAAUUUUAUAACAAUUCGAGAAGCCUUAAAAACUUAUACUGCACGGCAGUUACGAAUUCUUUUCUUAAUGCAUAAUUGGAACGACGUUCUUGAUUACAGUACAAGUACAAUGGAAGGUGCAUUACAUUUUGAAAAAACAACUAAUGAAUUCUUUCUUCUUGUUAAGGAUUAUCUUCUACGCUAUUAUCGACCAAAUAAUCACGAGGGUUAUCAAAAGUAUGGUGAACGUGAGUUACGUUUGAUGGAAGAAUUUUUCAAAAUAAAAUCUGCUGUUAAUACAGCUCUUUGUGAUUCGAUAGAUACUCGAACGGUUAUUGAAAAAAUUCGAGAAUUAAUUGCUAUUGGAAAUGCUUACAUCAAUGAAAUGGAGAAGGAAAAAUUCAUUCCUAAUUGUUUGCUGUUGAGAAAUAUAGCGAAUUACAUAACUUGGCUAUUAAAAGUUUUUGGUGCAAUACCACCAAACGUCGAUAUUGGGUUUCCGAUUGAAACAAGUUCUGGUACUGCGAGCAAAACGACAGAAGCACUUCUAAUGCCUUAUCUCAUUGUACUAGCCGAUUUUCGACAAAAAGUUCGCAACAUCGCUCGUGAUCAUAAGAUCAAUGAUAUUUUGGAAGAAUGUGAUCGUCUCCGAGACGAAAUACUCCCUGAACUCGGUGUACGACUUGAAGAUCGCACUUCUAAAACAUGCGUCAAGCUGGUAGAUAAGGAAACAUUUUUACGUGAACAACAGCAAAGAAAAGCCGUUGAAGAAGCCAAAAAAAUGGAAAAGCAGCGUAAACAAAGAGAAAAAGAUGCAAAAGAAGCUUCUAAACGAAUUCCACCUUGGGAAAUGUUCAAACAAAGUGAAGAAAAAGGCAAAUACUCGAAAUUUGAUGAUAAAGGCAUUCCAACACAUUUGAUUAAUGGUGAAGAAAUAUCAAAAAGACAAAGAAAAAAAUUAGAAAAAUUAUAUGAAACGCAGGCAAAAAAUUAUGCAGAGGUACAACUCUUAUGA